AUGACAGCCACAGUGCAGGAUUCACACAGGCUGUCUGUGAAAACAUGGACAGAGGAGGAGAGUGACCGAGCUGACAGCACACUUAGCAGAGCACAGUCGAUGUGUGAUGACACUUCUUCAGAGCUUCAGAGAAUGGCGGCCAUUGACAGAAGGGAUAUUAAUUCCCAGAAUUCCUUUCGUGGGAGAGGUGCUCUGUCCAGGAUAGUUAGUAUGGUGGUGACUCUGAGAGAAUGGGCACACAAGAGUUUGACCGAGGAGGCGGAGAGACCGGAUUCCUUCUUGGAACGUUUCAGGGGCCCUGCCCACACGGACAUGCAAGCCCCGCCCAGCAGGUUCAGCCACAGCCACACUGGUUCUGAUGCAGAUAAUGAAAUCAGAGCCACCAGACGCAAGAGGAGGAAGUGUAAUGUCGUGGUCUUAUCGCCAUCUGAUAACGCAUACUACCACUGGCUGCUGGUGAUUGGUGUAGCUGUUUUUUACAACUGGACUCUACUAGUUGUCAGGGCCUGUUUUGAUGAGCUCCAGAUGAAGAAUGUUUUGGUGUGGCUGGUAUUGGACUACAUCUGCGAUGGAGUCUAUAUCCUGGAUAUAGCUGUUCGUCUCCACACAGGUUUCUUGGAUCAAGGUUUGAUGGUGAAAGAUGUGCAACGUCUGAGAGAAACCUACGUUCGAACCCAUCAGUGUAAAAUUGACAUUUGCUCCAUCCUUCCAACUGACCUCCUGUACCUGACUGUUGGAAUCAGCUACACUCCACUUCUUCGAUUCAACCGGCUGCUGCGUCUGCCACGGCUGUUUGAGUUGUUUGAACGCACAGAGACACGAACAAGCUACCCCAAUGCUUUCCGCAUCUGUAAACUGGUUCUGUACAUCCUGGUGAUCAUCCACUGGAACGCCUGUGGGUACUACAGCUUCUCCAAGGUCCUGGGACUGGGCUCUGAUUCUUGGGUUUAUCCCAAUGCAUCAGAUCCUGAGUUUGGCUCCCUGACCAGAAGUUACAUAUAUUGUCUGUACUGGUCCACUCUGACACUGACCACCAUUGGAGAGACACCUCCGCCUGUUAGAGAUGAGGAAUACUUAUUCCUGAUAUUUGACUUUUUGGUUGGUGUUUUGAUUUUUGCCUCCAUUGUGGGUAAUGUUGGGUCCAUGAUCUCCAAUAUGAAUGCAACAAGAGCAGCCUUUCAGAGCCGCGUAGACACCCUGAAACACUACAUGCACUUCAGACAUGUAAGCAAGGUGCUAGAGCAGCGUGUCAUCCGCUGGUUUGACUACCUCUGGACCAAUCAGAAGACAAUAGAUGAACAGGAAGUGCUGAGGAGCCUGCCCAAUAAACUGAGAGCAGAGAUUGCUAUUAAUGUCCACCUAGAGACACUGAAGAAGGUGCGUAUUUUCCAGGACUGUGAGGCAGGCCUCCUCGUAGAAUUGGUAUUAAAACUUCGACCGCAGGUUUUCAGUCCUGGAGACUACAUCUGUAGAAAGGGAGAUGUAGGUAAGGAGAUGUACAUAAUUAAAGAUGGCCAGCUGGCAGUGGUGGGGGAGGACGGAGUCACCCAGUUUGCCGUUCUGACCUCAGGAAGUUGCUUUGGAGAAAUCAGCAUCCUGAACAUCAGCGGCAGCAAGAUGGGUAACAGACGUACGGCUAAUAUUCGCAGUCUGGGAUACUCAGACCUGUUCUGCCUUUCCAAACAAGACCUGAUGGAGGCACUUCAGGAGUUCCCCCACGCCAGGGCCCAGCUGGAGCAGAGGGGACGGGACAUCCUGCAGAAGGAGGGGCUUCUGGAGGAAAUAAACGUGUCUGCAGGCGAGAAACUUGAGGAGAAGGUGGAGAGGCUGGAAACCAGUCUGGACCGGCUACAGACGUGUUUGGCCCGUCUACAGAGUGAGUUCAACUCUUCCCAGCUUCGACUGAAACAGCGAUUGACAACCCUCGAACACAACACCGCCACAGUCGCCAUAGGCAGUGGCUUCCUGUCAGACGCCGACGGCAAUGAGAGUGUUUCCGGUGGGGAGGGUGCGCGCAGUGAAAUCAACAUCCGUUUUUGAAGCACAUACUCAAUGUCAUUGUCACA